AUGCCAAGAGUAGAAUAUGAGCCAAAAUUGGAUUUCAAGGACGUUCUUUUACGGCCUAAACGUUCUACACUAAAGAGUCGAGCGGAUGUGGACCUUGUUCGUGAGUUUAUAUUUCGGAACUCGAAAAAAAAAUAUGUUGGUAUACCAGUUAUUGCAUCAAACAUGGACACUGUGGGGACAUUUGAAGUAGCGGAAGUUCUUUCGAAGAAAAAGCUUUUUACAUUUAUACAUAAGCACUACUCAGUUGAACAAUGGGUAGAAUUCGUGAGUAGAACAGAUUCGAAUCAGGAUACAAUGUCACAAAUUGGAAUUUCAUCUGGAGUGUCCGACUUUGAUUUUGCAAAACUGAAAGAGAUUUGCGGAUUAAUACCUGAGCUUCAAUACAUUUGCCUGGAUGUGGCAAAUGGAUAUACGGAAAUGUUUGUGGACUUUAUACGACGGGUUCGAGAAGGAUUUCCCAGACACACAAUAUUUGCUGGGAAUGUGGUGACAGGCGAAAUGAUUGAGGAAUUGAUUCUAUCAGGCGUUGAUGUUGUGAAGGUAGGCUUAGGUCCUGGUUCAGUUUGUACGACACGUAAGAAAACUGGAGUUGGCUAUCCACAAUUGAGCGCUGUUUUGGAAUGUGCUGAUGCUGCACAUGGUUUGAACGGGCAUGUGGUGAGCGAUGGAGGAUGCACAAAUCCUGGAGAUGUUGCGAAAGCAUUUGGUGCAGGAGCUGAUUUUGUGAUGAUUGGAGGUCUUUUCGCGGGACAUGAUCAGUGUGGUGGUGAUACUGUUGUAAAGGAUGGACAGAAAUACAAAUUAUUCUAUGGAAUGGCUUCUGACACAGCGAUGAAAAGACACGAAGGAAGUGUAGCAGAAUACCGUGCUUCGGAAGGCAAGACAAUAACUCUUCCAUGCAGAGGUGAUAUUUCGGAUACUGUACAAGACUUACUAGGUGGACUACGAUCGGCUUGCACAUAUACCGGUGCGAAGAAAUUAAAAGAGCUUUCGAAACGGGCUACUUUUGUUCGUGUUACGCAGCAGACAAAUGAACAAUAUACAACAUUUGAAAUAUCUCCAUCAGAAUUACAAAAAUUAAAUAUCCGAAUCUGA